AUGAGUGACUUGCAUAUUCUGGAGGCCUUUCGAAGAUAUUGUCAUCCAGAAGUGGUGAAUGAGUUUCAGCAACUUGGGCCAGAGAAUCAACAAGUUUGGCUGAAUGCAUUCUUCGCAACGUGCCACAAUUCCGCUGUGACGGCGGCCGCUGAUCGUGUCGCAGAAAGACUGUACUUGGCCAACCCUCAGACGCUAGACCCAAGUGAUGCCGACCUGCCUUCGAUGUUGGCGCAGAUGCAAAGUUCUUACCCAAUCAGAGGCGAAACAGGAGCAGAUCCUUGCCCGCUUCUGCGUGCCCUGCAACCCCACAUGAAGCUCGAUCAGAGUUAUUGGGCGGAUUUGCUGGGCCCCCUUCGAGACUUUCUGCCGUCUUGGGGCAGAAAGCGCACGCGGCAGGAGCUGCGGAGGCGGCAUGAAAUGGGCGUGCUCCACCACAAAGGUUGGCAAGCGAUCCUCAGUCAGAACAGCGACCUGAAAGCAUUGAAACGCUCCGACGCCACAACCCAAAAACCCACGGCUUUUAUGAAGUCUUGGACCAGCCUCGUGCCGAGCUGUUUCGCGGACUUGCCGUUGUUCAUGGUGGCGAAAGGGAAGGUGGUCCACUGCACAGUCAUUGAUCAUCCGUUCGUAAGCACUGCAAUUCAGGUGCUGGUUGAAGACGAUCAAGGCCAGCUUAUGAGCCUUCAGCUUUACAAUCAACUGCCUGAGGGUGCCUUUGGUGGAUUCAGCGCAGAUGGCGUCACCUCCAAGUUCGCAAAGGGCACUAAGGUCAGUAUAGCCGAACCAUUCCUCAAAAUCAUGAACGAUGGCUAUCGAGGGAUUCGAGUGGAUGCACCCUCAGAUGUGCGAGUCUCUUUAGUCGACUCUGAUAUGACAUCUCUGAAGACUGCAGGAAACAGCGCGUUCUCCAAAGGGCAGUUUGAUCUAGCCAAGGAGCAAUACCUGGCUGCUUUGGAGGUUGCAGAAGCUGAGGAGAUCACCAUGUGUUUGGCCAACCGUGCCCAAGCGUUUCUUGAAAUCGAUCCGGUCGAAGCUUGCAAGGAUGCAGCAACCACUCUCUUGCUGCGACCAGCCCAUCAGAAAGCAGGGCUGCGAUACGCCGCCGCGUUGAAGAGAUGCGCAGAGCACUGGCCAAAAGAAGGAGAAGAAGAGCGACGCAGUUGGAUGCUUGUUGCAAAGCGAGCUGCCACCUUGUAUCCUGCCGGGGCACAAGUUGAGCAGAGUGUCACCAGACAAGAUAUCCGAGUUGUGCUUGCGACUCUUCUGUGUGGAUUUGCAGAUGGCCUCAAGUUCUAUCAGAGCACGCUCGACUUCGAAAUCUUUGGCGAGUCAGCUGCUCAAUGUAGGGAAGAAGCCAACCGCCAAUACAAAGCUGGUGACAAGCUGAAGGCGAUCACUGGCUACACGCUUGGCCUGGCAAAGGCCGGCUGUGCAAAAACUAUCGCCAUGCUGCUUUCAAAUCUCAGCGAAGUGUCCCUCAGACUUCGGGAGUCGCACAAUGCAGUGGCCUUUGCCGUAGCUGCAACUCGAUUCGGAGUCGCAGACCUGUCAGGUAAGCUCCUAUCUCGAACCUGCCGUGCGCUGGAGCAGCUGGGGGAGAGAGCCUUGGCUAUGGAGCUUGCAAGAGUCAGCACAGACGGCGCCUGCGCAGAGGCAUCCAAGGAAUUCCUCCGUCUUCCGGAAACUUACUCCUUCAGAACCAGAGUGUACACCAAUGGCGUGGCAAAAGCGAUUGUCGAUGGUGCUGUCUCGAAUUCGAAGCCCUUGCCUGAAAUCGUCCAUCAUAGGAUCAAAGCCGUGCCGGUGGCUGGGAAAGGCCGGGGAGUCAUUGCCACUGAAGCCAUGGAAUCGGGUGAGUUGUUGAUCGUGGCCUAUGCUUUGUCUCUAGGCUUGGCAGCCAAAGAUGAGUUUUUGCAGAUCACAUCAGGCAGAGCACAUCAAGGCGCUUCAACAGCAAAACUGGUGAGCAGGCUUGCUUACAGCGCUUCAAGCAACAAUGAGGUCGCUUGGAUACUGUCCCAGCUUUGUGCGAAACCAGGGGAAAGCAAGGAGACAGUCCAACCAUGCGAAUUGGUGGGCUUGAGUCCCCGAUGGAUGCCUUUGCUUUUGCAGCAGCAUUGCUUUUACCCUUCGCAUGAACGUGUGUCCUUGGCAAAGCCAACAAUUGACUCCAUCAUUACAAUCAACUCGCAUGGCAGCCGUACAGUAGAAGGUGCAAAGUACUCCGGUGUGUUCCCGAGCGCUUGCCUCUUCAACCAUUCAUCGGAUGCCAAUUGCGGCUUUGUCUCAGUGGAGCUGGCAGAUGGCUCCAGUUUGCCGGAGGUUCUGGCAGUGAUGACAAUGAGGGCUGUGAAGGAAGGCGAGGAGCUCUGUGUACGCUAUUCAGAAAUCAUGCCGCUAGAGAACACUUGGGGCAUCAAGGACUGA